AAAAAAAAAUAUAGAUUCCUGAUUCCCGUUGAAUAGCUCGUUUUGGAACCGUGAGAGAGAGAGAGAGAGAGAGAUCCCAAUCACCCAAGGAUCCCUUAUUCUUUCUAAAUUCUCGUGGGGUUGCGAAGGAUUCAUUCCGGAUUCGUUCAAUCUAACAAAGGAGAAUGGGGACCGUAACUCCUGCAGCAGAGGAGAUAUCAGAGCCAUUGCUUGCUGAAUCGGAGAAGAACCGGGACGUUGAGUUGGAGAGAAUCCCAGAAUGGAAAGACCAGAUCACGAUCAGGGGCUUGGUAGUGAGUGCUGUAUUAGGUACACUCUUCUGUAUCAUCACCCACAAGCUCAAUCUGACCGUCGGGAUCAUUCCGUCCCUCAACGUCGCCGCCGGAUUGCUAGGGUUCUUCUUUGUCAAGUCAUGGACUGGGUGUUUGUCCAAAUUAGGGUUUUCGAUUCAGCCCUUUACCAGGCAAGAAAAUACUGUGAUACAGACAUGCGUGGUCGCUUGUUACGGCCUCGCCUUCAGUGGGGGAUUUGGUUCAUAUAUGAUUGCCAUGGAUGAUAAGACAUACAAACUGAUUGGUGUGGAUUACCCUGGUAAUCAAGCAGAGGAUGUAAAGAACCCUGGCUUAUGGUGGAUGAUUGGCUUUUUAUUUGUUGUCAGUUUUCUUGGGCUUUUCAGCCUUGUUCCACUUCGGAAGGUUAUGGUCAUGGAUAAUAAACUGACAUACCCCAGUGGAACUGCCACAGCAAUGUUGAUAAACAGCUUCCACACAAAUACUGGAGCUGAGCUUGCAGGGAAACAAGUCAAAUGUCUUGGGAAGUAUUUGAGCAUAAGUUUAUGCUGGAGCUGCUUUAAAUGGUUCUUCAGCGGUAUUGGAGAUUCUUGUGGUUUUGAUAAUUUUCCUAGCCUUGGAUUAGCACUGUUUAAGAACACGUUUUAUUUUGACUUUAGUCCAACUUAUGUUGGUUGUGGUCUUAUAUGCCCCCAUGUAGUCAAUUGUUCAGUUCUUCUUGGUGCAAUCAUAUCAUGGGGCAUCCUUUGGCCCUUUAUAUCCAAACAUGCUGGGGAUUGGUAUCCAGCUGAUCUUGGUAGCAAUGAUUUUAAAGGUCUUUAUGGAUACAAGGUUUUCAUAGCUAUCUCACUCAUCCUUGGUGAUGGCCUUUACAAUUUGAUUAAGAUAAUAGCAAUAACUGCUAGGGAAAUGUGCAACAACAGAACCAAACAGAAGAAUCUUCCAGUAAUCCAUGAAGUCUCAGGCAUGCUUCCAGCAGAUGAUGAGAAUUCUAAAUUACUAAUGGAGCAAAGAAAACAAGAUGAGAUAUUUCUGAAAGACAGUAUUCCAUCCUGGUUGGCAGUUUCUGGUUACGUGGGCCUGGCUGCAAUGUCAAUUGUUACAAUACCAAACAUAUUUCCAUCCCUCAAGUGGUAUCUUGUUCUCUGCUCAUAUGUAAUUGCCCCUGCCCUUGCCUUCUGUAAUUCCUAUGGAACUGGGCUGACGGACUGGAAUUUGUCUUCCACUUAUGGAAAGAUUGGUCUUUUUAUUAUUGCUUCAUUGGUUGGACGUGAUGGUGGGGUAAUAGCCGGUUUAGCAGCUUGUGGAGUUAUGAUGGCUAUUGUCUCCACAGCAGCUGAUCUCAUGCAAGAUUUUAAGACUGGUUAUCUUACUCUAUCAUCAGCUAAGUCCAUGUUUGUAAGCCAGUUGAUUGGAACAGCCAUGGGUUGUGUCAUUGCCCCACUCACUUUUUGGAUGUUUUGGACUGCUUUUGAUGUCGGGUCACCUGAUGGUCCAUACAAAGCACCAUACGCAGUUAUAUUCAGGGAAAUGGCUAUUCUAGGAAUUGAGGGUUUCUCUGAGCUUCCCAAGCAUUGCCUAGCCUUGUGUUGUGGGUUCUUUGUGGCAGCUCUGGUUAUAAACCUUCUGAGAGACAUGACUCCUUUAAGGAUUUCACAGUUUAUUCCCAUUCCAAUGGCAAUGGCAGUACCAUUUUACAUAGGUGCUUACUUCGCGAUUGAUAUGUUUCUUGGGACUGUGAUACUGUUCGUCUGGGAGCGAAUUAAUAGGAAAGAUGCAGAAGACUAUGCAGGGGCAGUUGCGUCAGGUUUAAUAUGUGGCGAUGGAAUUUGGACUGUACCAUCAGCAAUCCUUUCCAUUUUGAGGAUCAAUCCACCCAUCUGUAUGUACUUCGGGCCUUCCGUGAGUAGCUGAGCUGGUCGUAUGGUAAACCCCGUAGGGUGUGUAUCCUGUUUGUCCCUUUUGAACUCUCGUAAGGGUUGUUGUGAAGGAUUGUAAAUAUGUCUGAAAUGCAUGCACGAGACUGAUACAUCUCAAUUAUGCAUUUCUGAAGUUCACUCUCUUUCUCUCUCAUUUUAUUGUAUUGACAUGCGCGGAUAUUUAUCUAGUCUUAUUUUGUCUGUA